AUGAUGCAAGUAAUCAAUAAUAAAAUACGUGACGAUGUUGUUAAAAAGUAUGCUCAAUAUACAAAACGUGUUAAUGGGGAAAUGGUUGAAGUUAUGUACGAAUGGUUUGAACGUGCUGAUCAACAAAAUCGAAAUAAAAACAUAUCACUUGUGGAUUCGCCUCAUGAUAAACAUUUACGUCUUACAAUAAAUAAAAAUACAUUUGAACAACAUAAUGAUCGAUUACCACAUUCAAGACGAUUAACAUUUGAACAAUUUUGUACGUUGCUAGCACCCAUGAUAACGGGUCAAUUUAAUGAUAUUCAAUUAAGUCAAAUGUUUGAAAUAUUAGAUUUAGAAAAUGAUAAUUAUCUCAAUCAGUACGAGCUAGAAAAUUUGCUUAUUGUUAUUGGUCGAUCAGAAUCAUCUGAUAAAAUACAAAGUAGUAUUUUGCAAUUAACAACGCGAGGAAUGCUUAGUUUUGAAGAUUUCAAACGCUUCAUUACCGAUGGAUUUGCUCGAGAACUUCUAAUGUUAUCAUACAACAAUACCUAUGAAAAUCGUUAA